UGCUGCUUGGUAUGUCGGCUCCUGAUGUUGUGUCUUACAUGCGACCAUGUGAAGACGUACACGACUCUUGUAAAAGGAUUCGUCAAGAAAGGGAAUCUAUCCAUGGCUACUGCAACUUACGAUGAGAUGUUGGAGAAAGGGAUCAAGCCUGAUAGAUAUGCAUGCACUACAAGGCUCGUGGGUGAGCUGCAGCUUGGAGAUAAAGACAAAGCGUUUCGUCUGCAGGAAGAGAUGGUGGCUAAGGAUCAUAACGCUCGAGAUCUGAUCAGUUAUAACGUUUGUAUAGAUGGACUCUGCAAGGUUGGGGAUCUGGAGAGAGCGAUUGAGUUUCAGCGGAAGAUUUUUAGAGAUAGCCUCGUCCCUGAUCAUGUUACUUACACCACGGUUAUUCGUGCUUAUCUGGAGAAGGGACGGUUUAAGAUGGCCAAGGUCUUGUAUCAAGAGAUGCUGAGGAAAAAGUUGUCUCCCUCUGUGGUUACCUACUUUGUGUUGAUUCAUGGUCAUGCGAAAGUGGGAAGGCUACAACAAGCGUUUCAAUAUUCAGGCGAGAUGGAGAAGAGAGACGUUCGUCCAAAUGUCAUGACGUGCAACGCUCUUCUACAUGGGAUCUGCAAAGCUGGUGAGAUAGAUGAAGCUUACAGAUACUUCCGCAAGAUGGAAGAAGAUGGGAUUCCACCGAACAAAUACAGCUACACUAUGCUUAUAAACAAGAACUCUGACCUUGGUAAAUGGGAGGAGGUUGUCGAGUUGUAUGGAGAGAUGCUAGAUAAAGAGAUUGAGCCGGAUGCUUACACACGCUGGGCCUUGUUCAAGCAUUUGGAUAAAGAUCACGCAGCACGAGAGGUUGAGUUCCUUGAAAAGAUAUUACGCAGUUGAAGAGAGGAAGCAGAGGUGCUGACUUUGAAUGAACAUAUUUUUCUUGGAGCUGGCCGGUUUUGUCCCUGAGAGUGCAUAUGGUUCAAUUUUACAAUUACUAUGCACAGAAGUCUUUGUUGAUGGCUCAAGCUUGAUUGGGGAAAACACAGCUAGCUCUAAGCUAUGGCCGGAAUCUAUCCAGUGUUGUUGAAGCUCGUUUACUUGAGCAUAUAACUCACUCUUACCUGCAAGUAUGGCAGAGGCAAGAAGAAAAGGAAUAAAAAGAAGACACAUAAAUGGUGUUGUUUGCAAGAAGAUUCAUGUGUAUUUGUUUAAUUCAUUGAAAACAUUUUUUUGGGGAAAG